AUGAAAACAGAGCAGCAAAACGUGUCGGAGGAGGAUCUUGUUGCCGUCACCGAACGCAAUACACGACUCAAGACCUCAAUCAAUGGUCGAGAACCAAUCCCAGUUGACCUAACUCUCGAGAUAUGUUCGAGGCUGCCGGCAAAAUCAACAUCAAGACUUCGCUGCGUAUCGAAGCUAUGGGAUUCCAUCCCUCGCCUCCCCUACUUCACGGAGUUGUUCUUGACCAGGUCUUUGUCUCGCCCGCGUCUAUUGUUCGCUUCCAGAAAAGACAAUCAUGUGUUCUUCUUCUCCUCACCUCAGCCUCAAAAUCUUGAUGACAACAACUCCUCUGUUUUAACCGCCACUUAUCAUAUGAAAACUCCUUAUCAUGCAACAUCAUUUGAAAGAUGUAGUUCUGUCAGAAGCUUGAUCUUUGUUGGAGAUGAGCGGAUUUUAAAGGAAAAGAAGCAUAAGGUCUCGGUGAUAUGUAACCCUAGCACGGGACAAUCUGUGACCUUACCCAAACUCAAGACUAGGAAGAGGAUUGGGAUGAGGAGCUAUUUUGGGUAUGAGCCUAUCGAGAAACAAUACAAGGUAUUGUCCAUGACUUGGAAGUUUGAUGAAAUAGGAAGCUCUGAGGAGCAUCAAGUUCUGACAUUAGGAACUGGUGGUAAACUUUCAUGGAGAAGGAUCAAAUGUUGCAUACCACAUUCUUUUUAUUAUAAUUAUGACCAUGUAUGCAUCGAUGGUGUUUUGUAUUAUCCAGCGCUCAAAACGUCUUCAAGGGAUUGCAUAAUUGUUCUUUUUGAUCUUAGGUCGGAGAAGUUCAGAUUUGUUGAAGACACAGAUCCUCUCACUGAUUCAUAUUAUUGUUCACCUCUGAUAAACUACAAUGAAGAUGCCGAAAAGCAUGAGUGGUCGGAGCAUAUAUAUGUAUUGCCUGCUUUGUGGAAGAAUAUCGUUGGAGGAGAAGACGCAGUUUUACGCAUUGUUGGAGUGACUCGGACAAACGAAAUUGUGUUGUCAUUUCCCUAUCAAUCCACGCCUCUUGUGUACGUUUUCUACUAUAAUACCGAGAGAAACGAAAUCAGAAGAGUCGAAAUACAAGGGAUGGAAGCGUUCAUGGGUCAUUACAUUUACACCUUUCUAGACCAUGUAGAGGAUGUUAAUGUGAGGCAUAUAUGA